UAAGGUCACUGCUGACAUUCACUAGCCGUCAGCCAGAGGAGGCGGAGGAGAUUCAUCCAGGAAGGCGCAAGAACCAAGCAGCAAACCCAGCAACAUGUCUCUGUCUAACAAACUUACCCUGGACAAGGUGGACGUCAAGGGGAAGCGGGUAAUUAUGAGGGUUGACUUCAAUGUUCCAAUGAAGGGCAAGCAGAUCACAAACAACCAGAGGAUUAAGGCAGCAGUUCCCACCAUCCAGUACUGUCUGGACAACGGAGCCAAGGCUGUUGUUCUGAUGAGCCACCUGGGCCGCCCUGAUGGAAAUGCCAUGCCUGAGAAAUAUUCCCUAGAGCCUGUCGCUGCUGAGCUCCAAACCCUCUUGGGAAAGCCAGUCACCUUCUUGAAGGACUGUGUGGGUGCAGAGGUGGAAGCUGCCUGUGCCGACCCUGCUGCUGGAUCUGUCAUCCUGCUGGAGAAUCUCCGUUUCCAUGUUGCUGAGGAGGGAAAGGGCAAAGACCUAUCUGGAAACAAAACCAAGGCCUCCCAGCAAGAGAUUGACUCCUUCAGGGCGUCUUUGUCCAAACUGGGUGAUAUAUAUGUAAAUGAUGCCUUUGGGACAGCUCACAGAGCUCACAGCUCCAUGGUGGGCGUGAACCUGCCUCAGAAGGCAGCUGGUUUCCUCAUGAAGAAGGAACUUGACUACUUUGCCAUGGCUCUGGAGAAACCUCAGAGGCCCUUCUUGGCAAUCCUUGGAGGAGCAAAGGUGAAAGAUAAGAUCCAGUUGAUCAACAACCUGCUGGAUAAGGUCGAUGAGAUGAUCAUUGGUGGCGGCAUGGCCUUCACCUUCCUCAAAGUCCUCAACAACAUGGAGAUCGGUAACUCCCUGUUUGACGAGGAGGGAGCAGGCAUCGUCAAAGACCUGAUGGCCAAAGCUGAGAAGAACGGCGUCAAGAUCACACUGCCUGUCGACUUUAUCACUGCUGAAAAGUUUGAUGAGAAAGCUGCUACUGGCACUGCAACCGUUGCUGAUGGAAUCCCCUCUGGCUGGAUGGGCUUGGACUGCGGACCAGAAAGCUCUAAGGCCAACACAGAUGCGGUGGCUAGGGCCAAGCAGAUCGUAUGGAACGGUCCAGUUGGUGUGUUUGAAUGGGACAACUUUGCCAAAGGGACAAAGACCCUGAUGGAUAAAGUGGUGGAGGUGACCAAGUCAGGCUGCAUUACAAUCAUUGGUGGAGGUGACACUGCCACCUGCUGCGCCAAGUGGGACACAGAAGACAAAGUCAGCCAUGUUAGCACAGGGGGUGGUGCCAGCCUGGAGCUGCUGGAGGGUAAAGUCCUGCCUGGCGUGGAUGCUCUCAGCAGUGUCUAAACCUCCCAUCAGCUUCUGUUUGUCUGUGUGUGAGAGUAUGAGAGGAGGAGGGUAGCAUCGCAACCAGACCCCUGUUUUACCUGCAAAGAAACACACCUGCUUAUCAGACAUGUCUGUGCAACAUGGAGCCUUCUGCCUUAUUUCAACAUGCAGAUGAAACCAGUCAGGUCGAAGUGCUGACAAUGGGACACGUUACUUGACAACAAGCAAAGACGAAAUGCUUUGUGGAGGUGAUUUUUGGCGCAAAUCAUGCAUUUCUUUCACUGGAUGGUUGGUACACGGCCAAAGUUACAGCCUUAACAUCUCCUAACCGCGAGCUGCAAGUGUAAAUGCUGUCAUUCACUUUCUUGUUUUCUCCCUUUUAUGUAAGAGCAGUCGUUGGCAUCAACCUCUGAAAAAAUUUAAGCGCUGGCUCGUGUGGAUGUGGGUGAAUUUGUGUUGUCCUCUUUGCAUAACUAUCCUGGGAAUGUUACUACACAACCCUCGAUAAUGUGUCUACAUACAGUACAUAUUAAAUAUAUAUAUAUAUUUAGAAACGGUUAACGUGGUGUGUGUGUGUGUGUAACGGUUUAUGUUUUGUCUGUCCACACUUACAUCGACUGGUCAUCUGUGUUCUCUGGCUGGUGGACUCUGAGCAGCGUCAGACUGACAAGUCGGCGUCAGUUGAUCUGUUCAGGUUAAUAAAAUUCUUCCAGUGUAAA